AUGCUUGUUAUAGACAACCUCGCUGGCGUUUCGAGAUCCAAUUGCGUACGGUGUAUGUCGAUCUUACUUCUUUUUGGUUCAAUACUGAGCAGGGGAGUUAGGAUAACUAGCAGGAGCAGCUAUCGAACGACCGAACAACUGGAUAGCUCAUCGGAGGAUGACGACGAUAGUGAUGGAACUCCAGGCCCCCCUGCUGCGCUGGUAUGGGGUAAAAGGGAUAAGUUGUAUAAACCUGCAGGUAUAUCGCAAAAGCAGAAGGGCGGGAUGUCCAACAGUGGCUUAAUAUCGAGGAAUGGAACGAAAACGAAAGCGGAGAGUAUAGUAUGUAGUAUUGCAAAUGGUGCUGACAUGAAACCGUGGGAUAGAAGUACGUCAGCUACCGGAAUAGUCCAUGUCAAGCGCCCUAAGUACUUAGACUGUCAAAGUGAGCAGAUAGGGGCAUGGCGAAAGAAGAAAACAUCAAAGACAAAGCAUAACCUGUCCUUCGAUAAGACUGGCAACGUAAAGGGAUACAGCAGUAUCAUGCGUUCACAAAUGGACAUCGCUAUCCGAGCAGCGGAAUUAUCGCGACAUACUGAAUACAAGGAAACUGAUCGUGAAAAAUUAGGCGUGGAUGACCUUACGGGCGACGACGUGAUACUUGAUAUACUGGAGAAUGCUGUGCUUAUAUUGGAUGAUAAUGGAGACGAGAACGAGUCCAUCUACGGGUAUUUUGUAGACGAACCCUGCCCUGCGUCCAGCACUCAGAGAUCACGGGCUCGGAAUAGUGAUGAGUCUCGGGUCCCAAUGGAGCUGCCUACGAAGCCCCCAGUAGUAGAACGUGGAGUUGCGAACAAUAAGGCCAUUGUAAACACAACAGAUGAGCAUAGCAUGCAGGGUCCUUCACGUGUUAAUGAAAAUACGCUCUCAAAGCGUCCAGAAUCCGCACUAUCGCAGGCACAGGCUUUUUCACUGCCUGCACGCGUCACUAGACGGUCGGGUUCCGUAUAUGCGGGCGAGAAGAAGGGCCGGACAUCAGAGGAGAUGUUUCAGCAGAUCGCUUCCCGCAAUGAGAGCAGACCUUGGAACAGCAUCGCAAAAGGUCGUCGAAUGACCAAUGAGGGCAAUAUGGUCGAUGCCGCAGAGGAGCAACGGCUCAAGGAGCAGAGUAAAAAGUUCUACCGCGAGCAGUUGCAAUUGGAGCGGGAUGUGUUCGGGUUUGACCACACGCCAUAUACGCCGGACUUUGUACCAGCGGAAUCGCCGGAACCAGAGGAAGAAGUGGAGCACAAUAAUCAUUGCAGCACUUGCUCCUUUGGGGGAAUGCUGGUGAUGUGUGAGGAUUGUCCAAAGUCCUUCCACUUACUUUGUGCUGAACCGCCUCUGCAUCGAGUGCCUAAGGAGGACUGGCUAUGCUGCACGUGUAAGCACGCCAAAGCACUCGAGGAUCAGACGGAGAACAAGCUAACGAGAAAAGAUUAUACAGGACUGGACAGUGCGACACCUUGGGACAUGCUGAUUGUAUCAGGCACCAGGAAAAAUCCGAUAUCGAUGGAAUUGCCCUAUACCAUAAAUGAAGAUGUGAAAUACGAGCCUUACGCACCGUGGCUACCGCCGUCGCAAUUGCCGAUUCAAAGAACUGUGGAAAAAGAAGAAUCGGUAUCGAAAAACAAAUGUACGAUGUGCUAUCGCGGAAGCGCAAUAGCUCCUGUGCUCCCAUGCUCGUCGCUGGAGUGUCCUCAGGGAUUUCAUGCAGACUGUCUGACCCCACCACUGACCGUCUCCAUCAGGGAGAAGGGCUGGAAGUGCCCCGCGCACGUUGAUCAUCCAUUGGGUCAGCUACGGAGGGCCGGACGCCUUCCAUUGAAACCAAAGAACACCUGGAAAUCCGACAUUGACAUCGUUGAGGAGUUCAUGGACAAUGCCGCAGACCAUUGGAAAUCGCGAUACGAAAAUCUGCGAAGGAAAGAAGUCACAGUGGUUGAUGAACUGGCUCAGCUGCAUCUCGCCUCCGUGCCCACCUAUGAAAAACGCUCAAUCCUCCAGUUAGGGCUACAGCAAUAUAUGGUGGACACCACCAAGGAAGAAACAUCGACGGAUACACUCAUGAUCGAAUUCAUGGAAUUCUGUGAGGCCACCAAGAGCACGCAUCGCGUGCAACGGUAUCUGGAUAUAUACAACGAUUCCACUGUACACCAAUUGGCCACAACGGAAUGUGCAGACACCUCGGAAACGGAAGUCGCGGAAGCGGCGGCGGAAGUGAGCUGAGUGAAAAUAAAAAGCACAGCAUCACC